GGGUAUAUUUCAGACAAAGAAUUCAUUUCCCUUUUCUGAAACACACAGAGAGGCAGCCAGCAGCAUGCUUUGUGAGACCCUAGAUCUUGACAGAGCGGCGAGCAUGCACACAGGCCACACGCAUUUCACAGGAAGUGUCAGGCCGCUUAGGCGUGCUGAGUGGGAGGAGGAGGCAGCAGUCAAAGAAGUUAUAACAGCCCAUGCAUGGACACUUGUACUCUCUUUCUUUAUCUCUCUCUUUCUCUCUCAAGUGACUAACAGCCUGGGUGGCUGUGCUUGUUUCCUCUUGAUGGACCAAAAUCAGGAUUUAACCUUCUGUGUAAUUUCUCUGGAGUCCAUGACCUUUGUCUUUACAGGUCAGGAGGUCUGACUUAUGGUAGACUAUUUCUGGAAGAAUACUUUCGUCAUUUUGAUUUUUAAAGAGCGCUUCUUAGAGUUAAAGAGGGAUCAUUUUUUGACGCAUUUUCAGGCAGGAGGAGCACUUACUGUGGAAAUGGCAGCCUCUGGCAACCUGUACCCCAAUGUCUUCAUGGUGGACACUCACACAGAUUAUCCUCCGCCACUGCCACCCAAACCGGUCCCUUUCCGCAAGAGAAGGAGUGUGGCUCAGCCAGUGCUGUUUGCCCUGGUCAUUCUGGCCCUGUGUGGCAUGGCGGUGGAAGCCUGUUUCAUUUACAGUCUGUACACCAGCAAGUCCUCUCCGGGUGACUCAGAAACACAGGAGAUGUCAAAGCAAGUUGCAGAUAAACCAACACCAAUAGAUAACCCUGUGGUUCCACCUUCCAAACCUCUCGCCCAUAUGAACAGUAAUCAGAAACCUACUGCUGAUGGACUCAUGCUUUGGCAUGACUACGGUGAAUCUAUCAUACAUGGAAUGAAAUACAAAGAUGGGGGCCUAAUUAUCCAGGAAGAGGGAUAUUACUUUGUUUACUCCAAGGUCUACUUUACAGAGAAGCACAACAUUUCACUUUUGCAUUCCAUUGUUAGGACCACAGACCGUUACCCUGAAGAGCUGGUGCUUCUGCAGUCAAGGGAAUACAUACCCAAGUCAAUCAAAAACUUUAAAACAAAUAGUUAUCUGGGAGGUAUGUUCCACUUCUUUAAAGGUGAUACUAUAUUUGUAAGGGUAAAUAAUACCGAAAUCAUACUGUCCACAUCAGCAGAUAACUAUUUUGGAGCCUAUAUGGUGUAGUAAAGUGGCAUAAACAAGAUGGAUGAUUGGCAUCGGUUUACUUUGUAUGCACAAUGUAUGUUUGCACUCCAAUUGUUUUAUUUUACAUAAACACCAUAGCACAUCUUAUCAUCUUGUUAUUCCAACCGUCUAUAAAAAUGCCUCAUACAUUUUAAUGCAGAACAUACUUUGUAUUUAUUUGUAGACUUUUCGGUAACAUUUUACUUGACAGUGCCGACAUAAGAGUGACAUGACACUGUCAUGAACGUGUCAUAAACAAGUCAUAAACAUUUAUGACAUAACGCUUCUGUUAUUAAGUGGCAUUCGGUUUUU